CGCUCUGGGGCUGGGGUCCGCCGGGAAGCGCGGGCUGUGGCGCGGCACGGGGAGGAAAGAGUUAAAGAUAGGGGACGGGCUCGGCAGUCAGCGGGCCAGGGAGGGGAAGCGGCGGCGGGAGGGGCGCUGGGAGCGCGGCCCUGGCGUGGACGCCCCCUCUGGACGCUCCCGAGCGCACUGCGCUCACUAGGCGCCCCGCCGCGGGUCUCCAGCCGCCCGCCGCCAGCCGCCCGCCAGCACCCUGCCGCCCGCGCCCACCUGCGGGCCGUCGCCUCCAGAGGCUUCCGCGUCCCCCGGGCGCGCGGGGCUGGCCCUGAACCCAGGGGCCCGGAGGCCAUGGAGCACCCCGGGGGCCCAGCGGGGCGGGCGCGGCGCCGGCUGCUGCUGCUGGCCGCGCUGCUGCCACUGCUCGGGGACGCCCGGACCGGCGAGCUCACCGUGGCCGUGGUGCUGCCGCUGGCCAACACGUCGUACCCGUGGUCGUGGGCGCGCGUGGGACCGGCCGUGGCGCUGGCGCUGGGCGCGGCGAGGCUACCCGGCUGGACGGUGCGCACGGUGCUGGGCAGCAGCGAGGACUCGCUGGGCGUGUGCUCCGACACCGCCGCGCCGCUGGCCGCCGUGGACCUCAAGUGGGAGCAUGGCCCUGCAGCUUUCCUGGGCCCGGGCUGUGUGUACGCCGCCGCCCCGGUGGGCCGCUUCACGGCGCACUGGCGGGUGCCGCUGCUCACGGCCGGGGCGCCCGCGCUGGGCUUCGGGGCCAAGGGCGAGUACGCGCUGACCACGCGGGCCGGGCCGAGUCACGCCAAGCUGGGCGACGUGGUGGCCGCGCUGCACCGACGGCUGGGCUGGCAGCGCCAGGCUCUGGUGCUCUACGCCUACCGGCCCGGCGACGACCAGCCCUGCUUCUUCGUGGUGGAGGGGCUGUACAUGCGCGUCCAGGAGCUCCUCAACGUCACCGUGGACCACCUGGAAUUCACCGAGGGCGACCGCCACCACUACGUUAGGCUGCUGCGCACCGUGCAGCGCAAGGGCCGCGUUGUCUACAUCUGUAGCCCCGCGGAGACUUUCAGGACCUUGAUGCUCCUGGCCCUGGAAGCUGGCUUGACUGGGGAAGACUAUGUUUUUUUCCACCUCGACCUCUUUGGGCACAGCCUGCAAGGGGCGCACGGUCUGGCCCCUCGCAAGCCCUGGGAGAGAGGGGAUGGGCAGGAUGAUAGGGCACGCCAGGCCUACCAGGUUGCCAAAAUCAUCACGUAUAAAGAGCCGGAGAACCCUGAGUACUUGGAAUUUCUGCAGCAACUCAAACACCUGGCUAGGAAACAGUUCAACUUCACUGUGGAGGAUGGCCUGGUGAACACCAUCCCAGCGUCCUUCCACGAUGGUCUGCUGCUCUACAUCCAAGCAGUGGCAGAGACCCUGGCCCUUGGGGGAACGGUCACUGAUGGCGAGGGCAUCACUCAGCGGAUGUGGAACCGUACUUUCCAAGGUGUGAUGGGACACCUGAAGAUAGACAGCAAUGGUGACCGGGAGACUGACUUCUCCCUGUGGGACAUGGAACCUGCGACUGGAGCCUUCAGAGUGGUUCUGAAUUACAACGGGACAUCUCAAGAGUUGGUGGCCAUGUCAGGACGAGAUCUCUAUUGGCCCGGGGGACACCCACCUCCUGACAUCCCCAGAUGUGGCUUUGACAAUGAAGACCCAGCAUGUAACCAAGACCACCUGUCCACCCUGGAGGUGCUGGCGCUAGUAGGCAGCCUCUCCCUGCUUGUUGUCCUCAUCACCUCCUUCUUCAUCUACAGGAAGAUGCAGCUGGAGAAGGAGCUGGCUUCGGAGCUGUGGCGCGUGCGCUGGGAGGACCUGCAGCCCAGCAGCCUGGAGAAGCACCUGCGGAACACUGGCAGCCGGCUCACCCUCAGCGGGAGAGGCUCCAACUAUGGCUCCCUGCUCACCACGGAGGGCCAGCCCCAAGUCUUUGCCAAAACUGCAUAUUACAAGGGCAACCUGGUGGCUGUGAAACAUGUGAACUGUAAGCGCAUCGAGCUGACUCGGAAAGUCCUAUUUGAGCUGAAGCAUAUGCGGGAUGUGCAGAAUGAACACCUGACCAGGUUUGUGGGUGCCUGCACCGACCCCCCAAACAUCUGCAUCCUCACAGAGUACUGUCCUCGUGGGAGCUUGCAGGACAUCCUGGAGAAUGAGAGCAUCACCCUGGACUGGAUGUUCCGCUACUCUCUCACAAACGACAUUGUCAAGGGCAUGCUGUUUCUGCACAACGGAGCCAUCUGCUCCCACGGGAACCUCAAGUCAUCCAACUGUGUGGUGGACGGGCGCUUCGUGCUCAAGAUCACCGACUAUGGGCUGGAGAGUUUCCGGGACCCAGACCCAGAGCAGGGACACACUCUCUAUGCUAUUGAGUCCUCUAGGACUGUGUUCCCCCAGGCCCUUCACCCCAUGAUUCCUGCCCUCUGGCCUGCAGAGAAACUGUGGACAGCUCCUGAGCUCCUACGGAUGGCUUCACCUCCGGCCCGAGGCUCCCAGGCUGGUGAUAUCUACAGUUUUGGCAUCAUCCUCCAGGAAAUAGCGCUGAGGAGUGGUGUCUUCCACGUGGAAGGUCUGGACUUGAGUCCCAAAGAGAUCAUUGAGCGCGUGACCCGGGGUGAGCAGCCCCCCUUCCGGCCCUCCCUGGCCCUGCAGAGUCACCCUGAGGGGCUGGGGCAACUCAUGCAGCGCUGCUGGGCUGAAGACCCCCAGGAGCGGCCGCCCUUUCAGCAGAUCCGCCUGCUGCUGCGAAGAUUCAACAGGGAGAACAGCAGCAACAUCCUGGACAACCUGCUAGCCCGCAUGGAGCAAUAUGCCAACAACCUGGAGGAGUUGGUGGAGGAGCGCACACAGGCCUACCUGGAGGAGAAGCGCAAGGCUGAGGCCCUGCUCUACCAGAUCCUGCCCCACUCAGUGGCGGAGCAGUUGAAACGCGGGGAGACUGUGCAGGCCGAGGCCUUCGACAGCGUCACCAUCUACUUCAGUGACAUUGUGGGUUUCACGGCGUUGUCUGCGCAGAGCACGCCCAUGCAGGUGGUGACCCUGCUCAAUGACCUGUACACCUGCUUCGACGCCGUCAUCGACAAUUUCGACGUGUACAAGGUGGAGACGAUCGGCGAUGCCUACAUGGUGGUGUCCGGGCUCCCGGUGCGGAAUGGCCGGCUGCAUGCCCGCGAGGUGGCCCGCAUGGCGCUGGCGCUUCUGGAUGCAGUGCGCUCCUUCCGCAUCCGGCACAGGCCCGACGAGCAGCUGCGCCUGCGCAUCGGCAUCCACACAGGCCCCGUGUGUGCUGGGGUAGUGGGACUGAAGAUGCCCCGUUACUGCCUCUUUGGGGACACAGUGAACACGGCCUCAAGAAUGGAGUCUAAUGGGGAAGCCCUGAAGAUCCACUUGUCUUCUGAGACCAAAGCCGUGCUGGAGGAGUUUGGUGGUUUUGAGCUGGAACUUCGAGGGGAUGUGGAAAUGAAGGGCAAAGGCAAAGUGCGUACCUACUGGCUGUUAAGGGAGCAGGGUUGCUGACCUCCCUCUCCUGUCAGGCUGCACCCCCAUCGCACCAGGACGUGGCUAUACAGCAGGUGGAGCUGACCCCCAGUCCCCUGGACUGGUGUGGGGGCUCCCAAGACUGAAGCACAGCACUCAUGCAGGCAAGCACACCACUCUGCACCCCAACUUUGGCCAGUGGCUUCCUGUGCUCUCUGCCCUUUCCCUGUGUCCCCCCUCCAUCCACCUCAAUACACUGUGAUUUCUAUGAGAGUAUGAGGGGGGAAUCCACAUCUUCAACCAGCCCACUGCCCUCCCCCCCAACAUGAUGCACAGGGGAAGGGGGGCAACAUGGGGGUGAGGGGUGCUGCAGGUCUAUAUGCCCAGUAUGUGAGCAGACACCAUUAAAAUCUUUAUUCUAA